CAAUUGUCCCCUUGUUUGCUAGCUUGAGAGCCUCGAGAGAGCCUCGCUUUGAAUCAAUGUCUUCGUAAUUCAACAUCGAUGACAACCUUGCCAAUUUGUUAAUAAUGCCUCCAUCACAUACCCCUACUGUCAAUUAUCAAGAGCACUUUGGAAUUGAUAACAAUACUAGGAGAAGACGUACAACCAAUCCGUUUGAUCAAAAUAAUGUUACCCCCAUUCAGAGUAUGUUAUCAUUAGCUGGAGAUACACAGGAUGAUUUCGAUUCAACCACAGGCACAGAAGAUUUAAGUGAAGGAGAAGGAGAAGAAGAAGGAGAAGACGAAUCCGAAGGUGAUCCUGUCAUUGAAGAUUUAGAAAACCUGGACGAGGAUAUAGGUUUGGACGAUGUUGCAGUUGAAGCUACCAUGGAUAAUACACCAUUAUUCGACCCUGCCGCUCUCGGGCUGAAAGAAAUCGGAAACUUGGCUAGCUGGACUGUUUCUAGUAGUAAACCUGGUUGUGGAGUUCUUGCACUCCGGGACGAUGACACAAAUUUGUUCUGGCAAUCCGAUGGACCCCAGCCUCAUUACCUUAACAUUCAUUUUGCCAAAUUUGCAAAGAUUCGAGCCAUUCGAAUAUUCCUUGAUUUCGAAGCCGAUGAAUCUUAUACUCCAACACGUAUCCAGUUGCUUGGAGGCACAGGCUACCACGAUCUAAUUCCGUUUUCUGAACUAUCGUUUGUUCAACCGAAAGGUUGGAUUGAUGUCAACCUUGAUCACGUAGGAGGAGGCUCAGAUGGAAAAACACUACGCGCAUUUAUUAUACAAGUCAAGGUGUUGGAGAAUCACCAGAAUGGCAAGGAUACACAUGUUCGUGGACUGAAGAUAUAUUCUCACGACGAACGUCAUGAAUCUCCUCCGCCAUCAUAUCUCGAUGAUGAGGAGGAUGAUACGUGUUCUUCGAUCGAUCCGAAAGAAUUUGGAGGGCCUGAUGAUGAUUUGAAGCGCGGAGAUGUAGGUAAUGAUGAUCAAUUCUGGAAGGAUUUUACGCAGGCAAAAAUGGGUGGACACAAGAUGCCGGACCUGAGUGGUUUGAGUGAGCCUGGGUUCAUGUCCGAGCCAGAACUACGUUGAUUAUACUGUGAUCACUUGGUUAAUACUAUAUUACGAUUGGCGGUAGUCGCAUUGGGAGUUGUUAGGAGUCAUUAAGAUACCCUGGGCUUGUAUAACAAUAUUGAAUACGUAGCUUCAUGAUAAGAAGAGUACAGCUCCUUUCCUUAUAUUCUCAGUCCUGCCCAAAAAUAAGAUGAACACUUCUCCAAAGGCAAAGGGUUUCCAUGUAGCUCAGAGGCAAGUGCCACCUGCGAAACUGCACCG